UCAUCAUAGUUUUUGCUCCAGAAGAAGUAGAAGAAGCAUUCCAUUUUUGCUGUCUUCGCACAACGGCAGCAAGCAUACGACGGCCUGCAUAUGGAAGACGCACCAAAGGUGGUGAGUAUAUUCGGCUGCCAGCUCUUCCGCUGGCUGUUGGCCGAUCAGCCCCAGGCCAACAUUGCACUGUCCCCCUUCAGCCUUGUCAGUGUCGUCUCUUUGGCCAUGGCCGGGACACAGCGCAGCACUGAGCGUGAGAUGGCGCUGGCACUGGUUGCCAAAGUGCCCCAGUUCCACAAGUCCAUGCGCCGAAUACUUAUAUUUCAGGGUGGUACCCCAGGACCGGAUGAAGUUGAAACUUUCCGCAUGGCCAACCGGAUCUACGUCGACCAGCGCCUCCCUCUUCUCGAUGGAUUUCGCAAGAUCGGUGAACGCGUCUACCGCAUUACCGUUUCCAGCGCUAAUUUCGCGGAGCGCCCUGACACCGAGAGGCUUAGCAUAGACGCUUGGGUUAAGGCAGUUACGGGCAUCGGAAACGUGGUCCCUCCCAUCUGCGUCGGACCGGCCACUCGAAUACUCCUCCUCAGCGUAGCAUACGUCAACUGCAAGUGGAAACAACCCUUCCUCCGGGCCACGUUGCAGCGCAAGCCAUUCGGCGAAGAGCAGACCGUCGAAAUGAUGACUAACGUCGGAAUAUACGGCUAUGUCUGUUUAAAUGACGUGGGACUCCGAGCGGUUGAUAUUCCCUUCUCAAUCGAAUCCUGCUCACUAACCAUUAUAGUUCCAGUGAGACCUUUUCAGGAGUUUUACAAAAUUCUUACUCCGGAACUACUUGAGCGGGUGGUCGAAGGGGUAAAGGCUAAGCGUAAACUACGGCUGGAGAUUCCGAAGUUUGCCGUCUCAUAUGACGUAGAACUGAGCCGCUUUCUGCAAGAGAUCGGCAUGCGGGAGGCAUUCACUGCUCAGGCUAACUUCCGAACCGUGACAACCGCUGCUGACGCCUACCUGUCAGCGAUCAUUCAUAAGGUGGAGUUCUGUGCGAGCGAGGGAUGCGGACCGACGAACCUCGAGGCCACAGAAGCUGCUGCAUUGCCAGAGCUGGAGUUCACAGUGGACAGGCCCUUCAUGUUCGUGUUCAGGAGGUACGACUAUAUUGCGCUCAUGGGGUGCGUCCAAAGGAUUCCGGAAAAUUAGUUAGGUUUUGCCUCUCACUAAUGAAGCAUGAGACACCUGAGCACUGGCUUCGGUGAAGAUGACAACAGCAGUGAUAAAAUCAUGUACAAUAACCCGAGCCUUUCUUGCCCAGGUAAAGAGUAAAGUUGACAUUCAUAUGUAA